AUGUUCGACACGCCUGGUGAACAGAUGGUCACGUUUAAGUACCAAGUUUUGAUCGGCAAGGACGUGCAGGAGUACACGUUAAAAGCAAACACGCCAAAUCUGUUCAGUUUCUGGGAGAUGGUGCGGCCUUUUCAAGUGGGUAACCAGUGCCACAAAGCGGCGAGGACGAAGCGAGCUCCCCAGCCGCAGACGGAUUUGAUCAUAGAGUUGAACAAUUGCCGCAUCCCUGUGGAUACGCAUGUGCAAUUCUAUAUUUACAUCGAGGGUUAUUUGGACACGACCUACGCUGGAUGGGCGCCGACGACGUUUGACGUGGUCGUAGCUUCUAGGAAGUCGAUUGGUUUCUCGAUGAGCCCAUUCUUAGGUCAGAUGGAUAUCUUCGGAACCUCUUUCGUUGACGGCUCUGCAGCUGUGACGCCAGACGGCUUUACGAUUUCCUUUCGAACGCGUGAUAGGACUGGCU